AUGGCGUUCUCUGGUCAGGGUGCUGUCGGCAUCACCUACUUCAUCCUCUACGCGAUCAGCCUUGGGUUCACUUUGUACAACCUUUCGAAGCAUGGUAUUCACAAGGUCGGGUAUGCAAACCGUCGCAGACCGUGGUCUUGGGUUUCGUUGUACUGCGUCACCCGUUUCAUAGGCGUGCUCUUCUCCGUUGAUGUCGCACGAGACCUCAACCACCAGACGAGUGCCUCGGUCUUCGACUUCUUCUAUAUCGUCUCCUUCUUGUUCUUAAUUGUCGCCGUAUAUGAGUUUAUUCAGCAAUGGUGCACCUUUGCAUAUAAGGCUCAUCUCAUCAACAACCCCAUCAUCGCUGCCGAUCCGGCCAAAAUUCCGAUGACAAGGGCAAGACAGGUGCUCCCUUACGUUUUCUGGCCAUGGUGUGCCGUCACGUUUAUCCUCAUGAUUGCUGGCAACUCGUUCGGAAAGAUGUCUCAGGGCUACAAGAAUGAGGUCCUGUCUCCCCAGCUCCACACUGUUUCUUUCCUGUACCUCCCGAUCAUCAUCAUCCCCUACGUUAUCCUCUACGUAUCGGGGCGUACGUUCCAGGCCCCUAAGGGCUAUCCGUACCUUUCUCUUCUGCCGAUGCUACCCAUGCUGCUGAUGAAGGUUGCGUAUGUCAUUGUCUCGUCGUUCUCCUACAUGGUCAACCCACUUUCGCCCACCAAUAACCCUGCAUACACGGGGCUGCUUGGGUUGCUGUUGGAGUUCUGUGUUCUGGUCUUGAUUCAAAUCCGCGGUCUGGCGAUGGCCCCGUUGAAGGAGAUCCUGCCGGAGACCGACGAGGAGAGGGGGAUCAAGAAGCCGAAACCCAAGGCCAAGGUUCGCUCCUCGGAAACGACCAGGACGAAGAGUAACGAGAUCAAGAUGAUCAAAAUUGAGGCGCGCAGGUUGAACUCUGGGAUGACUCAGGCUUCUGGGUCCAGCACCACGUCAACGGAUGAGAUCACCGUGGUUGAUGAGAAAGGUCAGGAGACACUCGAAGGACCUACCAAUGCCGACGGGACUCACAUUUCACUCAUGGACAUCGCCACGCACAAAGUGGAGCGUCCCGAAAGCCACUCCAAGCCCAAGGCUCGCAUCCCCAUGAUUGAGUUGGCAUAA